AUGGCACCUCUCAUCCCGCGCUUUCACCUCUUUGAGAUUGACGACCAGCCAUGGUUCCCUUCCUUCCUUCGCGCCCAUGUCCAAGAAGCCCUUCACGCAACGUGGGUUAACCAAUUCCCUGUGCUCCAAACCGCAUCUCCCGCGCGCAUCGCCGCUCAAAUUCUACAACAUACUCUCGGCUCCCGUCUUGCUUCAUAUACCUUCAUCGACUUCUGCGCCGGUUCCGGUGGUCCCACACCUGCCAUUGAGCGCGCCGUGAACCGUCAUCUCACCACCCAGAAACAGCCCAACGUGAACUUCGUCUUGACGGAUCUGUACCCGAACCCGGAGAGCUGGGCCCGCGCUGCUGCUAAGAGUGACCACAUUGGCUACGAACCGAAGAGCGUUGAUGCCGCCAAUGCCCCCCGAGACUUACUGGCUAGCUACGGAGACAACGGCAAGAAAGUCUUUCGCCUCUUCAACCUAGCCUUUCAUCACUUUGACGACCCGCUAGCUACGGCCAUCCUGAAGAAUACUCUGGAGACCUCAGAUGGCUUUGCCAUCUUUGAACUCCAAGGCCGUGACCUCUACUCUAUUCUUAUGCCUGCCAUCCUCGGUAUCGGCACGUUCCUCAUGGCGCCCAUCUUCGCAUGGAAGCUGCGGUCGCUGACAGCCUUGAUUUUCACCUACCUUAUUCCCAUACUGCCUUUCGUUCUGGUAUUCGACGGCUACAUCUCAGCACUGAGAACAAGAACACCCGAGGAGGUUAAAGCCCUGAUGAGGUCAUGCGGCGCGCGGAUGGACGGCUGGGAGGUUAAGAGUGGAAGAGAGACGCACAUGCCUGGCAUUGGAUAUGUAAACUGGAUUGUGGCAGAGAAGAUAUCGUCAAAAGACUGGUAA